UCACAGCCAAAGUCUUUACUGGUGCUCGUGAUGAAGUUGCCACGGCCCAACGACGAUGGCAAACUCGUGAACUCAGCAAUUUUGCUUACCUCAGCAUCCUCAAUCAAGCAUCGGGUCGUACUCGUUGCGAUGUAACGCAGUAUCCCGUAUUCCCUUGGGUACUACAAGACUACACGUCAGAAGAGCUCGAUCUAAAUAACCCAGACAUCUACCGAAACCUGUCAAAGCCAAUGGGAGCCCUGAGCCCUCCUCGCGAGGAUGCCGCACGCACACGGUACUCCAAUCUGCAGUCCGUUGAAGAAGUGCCCUUCCAUUAUGGAACACAUUUCUCCAGUUCUAUGAUCGUCUGCCACUUCCUCAUCAGGCUUUCGCCUUUCACGCAUAUGUUCAAGACCUUACAAGGAGGAGACUGGGAUCUACCCGAUCGGCUCUUUACAGAUAUCAAGCGAGCUUGGGACUCGGCGUCACAAGAUAGUCGUGGCGAUGUUCGAGAAUUGAUCCCGGAGUUUUUCACUCUACCAGAAUUCUUGUGGAAUGCUGCCGGACUGGAUUUUGGAAAGCAGUCGGCUACCGGUGAAAAAAUCAAUGAUGUCAAACUCCCACCUUGGGCCAAGAAUGAUCCCCUCCUCUUCAUCUCGUUACAUCGUCAAGCACUGGAGAGUGAUUAUGUCAGCCGCAACUUACCGGCAUGGAUCGACUUGAUCUGGGGAUCCAAGCAAAAAGAUCCCGACUCCUUGAAUGUGUUCCACCCACUUAGCUACGAGGGAGCCAUCGAUUUGGAUGCCAUUGAAGAUCCACUACAACGAGAAGCAACAGUUGGUAUCAUUCAUAACUUUGGUCAGACACCCCGGAAACUAUUUUCUCAGCCGCAUCCACCCCGUCUGAUGGAAGGACGGACUCAGCUCCCGUUGGGAGUUAUGUUCGGUGUCCCAGAAGACUGUCAAAUGCUUAAUCAAUCUACCAAACCGCUACGAAACUCCCUCACCGUCCCUGUUGCCACCCUAUUCCUGGAUACGAUGAGUGACCGAAUUUUACCAUGCUCGAGUCAGGCGAUGCAUAUCCCAAU